AUGUUGAUCUCGUUGUUUCCUAUAAUUUUGGCGACGUUGCCCUCCGUCUUGGGAGGUCAAGUUCCGAUCGUAGAUGGUGUUCUCGGUGGCGUACGAAAUACGAAUGCAAGUAGUUCAGGGACCGUCAAGCCAGCAGAUCUCUCCGUCGCCGCUACCACUCCAGGCAAAAUUCGUGCUGUCGAAAACACAGGAAUCUGUGAAACGACGCCUGGUGUAUAUUCAGCCUCCGGGUAUGGAGAUUUAACUUCUACAGAGAGUUUGUUCUUCUGGUAUUUCGCAGCCCGAGAGAACAAUGACACUGCCCCCCUCGCACUCUGGUUUAACGGAGGUCCUGGAAGUUCCAGCAUGCUCGGCUUGUUCCAAGAACUAGGACCUUGUAGAAUCAAUAACGCCAGCACGGCAGUAUCGCUCAAUCCUAACUCGUGGAACACCAAGGCAAACCUAUUGUUCAUAGACCAACCAGUAGGAGUAGGUUUCUCGCACGGAACUAUGAGCGUUGGAACGUCAGAAGAGGCCGCCGCUGACGUCUGGACUUUCUUGCAAAUCUUUCUAUCUGAUAGUAGAUUUUCCGGUCUGCAAAGUCAUGAUCUUGCUAUCUGGACAGAAUCUUAUGGUGGUCACUAUGGGCCGACUUUCGCGGCAUACUUCCUGUCUCAGAAUGCUGCCAUAGCAAAAGGAACCAUAUCCGGCAUCACGUUAAAUCUCAAAACCUUGGGAGUGGGUGAUGGUCUGACGGAUCCCUUGUCGCAAUAUCCUGGAUACAUCACUUACGCGGGAUCAAACCCAUACCAUGCUCUUGUUUCAACAUCUACUAUCACUCGUGCCAACACCUCUUGGCUUUCUUCUACUGGGUGCAAGGAACAGAUUACUGCAUGCAACAAUGGUGGCUCAAAUUCCGUUUGCUCCGCUGCCCAGUCAUUCUGCAACAACAAUAUCUUGUCGCCUUUGGCAGGCGACUUUGAUGUCUACUAUAUUCUUGCGACAAAUCCCGACCCAUAUCCUCCAGAUCUGACAAGUUACCUCAAGACUAUCGAAACGAAGGUUGGCGCUGAGUCGACUUGGCAGGAAACCAACGACAAUGUGUAUGAUAAUUUCGCGGCCACUGGUGACUGGAUGAGAAACUCUCGUCCCGACCUAGAGACUGUCAUUGAUGCAGGUGUCCGUGUGGUCGUUUAUGAUGGCGACGCUGAUUAUAUUCUGAACUUCAACGGCGUAGAGGCUAUGGUGAACAACCUCGACAUGCAAUUUACCUCUAUUUUACAAGCUCAGUCCUUCGAGUCUUGGACUGUUGGUGGACAACUUGCAGGACAGGUCAAGAACGCUGGCACAUUUUCUUAUAUCCGAAUAUAUGGAGCGGGUCAUGAGGUACCGGCGUAUAAGUUCGGUAACCUGGCAUAUGGGCAAGCGGCCUUACAAAUGUUCGAACAAAUCAUGUCGAACCAAUCCUUGACCUCUACGUAGCCCUCUAUAUACUGAUGUUAUCCGCGAAGGGACUCUUUGUUGACCUAUAAAACUGUAUGUAUACGUUUUACCAACUCGAAAUUUGGAAUCGGUAGCUCAUUUGUUAUCUCACCGGAAGACCCAUCAUUCUGCAUAUCGUCCGCUGAAUCAGAGCUGCUCAAAUAACUGUGGAUACGUCUUUGUCAGAGUGUUCACUGUAGAUUUCGGUUUCCCCGAAUGUGUGAUAGUGAGCCGUUAUAAGCUUACAUACUACAUGAAGUUUAAGGCAACACGGACGGAUCAUCGAAACCGCAUAUCUUGGAAAACUCAAUACGUCGCUACUCCUGGUUCUUAUUGCUAUCCAAGCCGAAAAGAUCAUGACCACGCUCGCUCAUGGUUUCACCAACUUUCAACAGCUUUCAACGAACGUGGAACCAUAGCCACGGGUACGCCAACGCAUGUUU